AUGGAGAAGGCAGCGGCAGCGGCAAAGUACGCGUUGGCAGCUGCGCGGGGCGAAGAGGCGGCCUUGGCGCUGCCCCUCCUGGGUGCGAUAGAGACUCUCUUCAUUCGCUGGUUGCAGCCCGCGUUUGCCCCAGGCGACAUGGCGGCCCUGUCUGCACUGACGGGCCUGCGUGAGUUGGACCUGUGGGACACGGUGCUGCCUGACCCCAGCUGCCUCACCGCGCUGCCACAGCUCGAGGUCCUCAGGUUCAGCCACGCCGGGGUUGACCCGCGGCUCGGCGACACCCUUGGCGAACUGCAAUGCCUCACGCGCCUCCACCUGCAUGGAGUGUGGUUGGAAGGCGGCGGCGAUGGGCGGUUGGACGCCGUCCCGCUGGUCGCGCGUGCAGCCAGCCUGCGUGCCCUGUCGGUUUCGCCAGAAUAUUUCCGUGACAAAGAAAUGGUCCGUGUGACGGAUGAGAGUGCCGCUGUGCUCGCGCGCUGCCUGCCACGCCUCGACUUCCUUGGGGUCGCAUGCAGUCAGAUGUCAUCAGCAGGCGCGUGUGGGCUGGCUGGCUUGGUCAGCCUCGAGCACCUUGCCUUGCGUGACAACGGCAUUCAUGAUGCGGGCGCAGUCGCUUUGACCUCGUUGACGGCGCUCACGAAGCUUGACCUGUACUUCACCAAUAUUGGCACGCCCGGCGUCAAGGCCCUGGCGUGUUUGACCAACCUGGUGUCUCUUGACGUGGGGGGCAACCUGCGUAUUGAUGACGAGGGCGCCAAGGCGCUAGCAAGCAUGACGCACCUCACUGCACUUUGUGUGAGCGGCCGUGACUUUGGCAAAUGCGGCAAAGCUGCGCUGAGGGCAACCUUUGGAGCUGAGCACGCGUACUCUGCUUUUGACACUGGUAUGCACAUGAGGUGGGGUGGUGCUGAGGCACCCAGGCCUUAUGGCUGCUAA